AUGGCCCUAGCAGCUCUUUGCAGCAGAUUCAAAAAGGAAGAGAAUGCGCUUCUGGAUGUAACGGCUUUUGUCGUGGAUCACAAGCUCAGACCCGGCAGCACGACUGAAGCCAACGGCGUAGUGCAGCAGUUGCAAAACCUUGGUAUACCAGCGCAUCGGCUGGAUCUGGAGUGGCCGCAAGGUGUUAAUCCCCUGGAGCUGCCGAAUCUUGAAACAGAAGCACGAAGAUUGCGUUUUAGGGCAUUGGGUCUUGCAUGUUCGCAGCGAAAGAUUCGCUCGCUGCUGCUCGCGCAUCAUCGCGAUGAUCAGGCCGAAACAGUUCUUACGCGGCUGGUCGCUGGCCGCACUAGUAUCGGCUUGCAAGGCAUCCGGCCCGUGGCAGACAUUCCUGAAUGCUAUGGCAUAUACGGCGUAUACCAGAGCGGCCGGUUUCGCUUUCUCCGCGAAUGCCAUCUACCAAGAGAGGAGUACCAGUCGCCGAAGGCUCCCUCUCCCGGCUUUGAGACUGGCGGAGUCAGGGUCAUGCGACCGCUUCUUCGCUUUGGUAAAGACAGAUUGUCAGCCACUUGCGCUCAUUGGAAUGUCCCCUGGGUGGAAGAUGAGACCAACAGCGACCGGACGCUGACCGUCCGUAACGCUGUACGCCAUAUUUUCCAGUCCCAUCGGCUGCCGGCGGCGCUCACCAAAGAAUCUAUUUCUGCUCUGUCCAACAGAAUUGCCGCGGAUGUCGCUACAUAUCAGGAGGCUGCUGACAAGCUGUUCGGAGAAUGCCAGGUGGAAGUCAACAUACGAAGUGGGACUGUCGCUGUGCGGUUUCCAGACCUUGCAUCGGAAUUGAAGAUUCAUAGCAAAGGCUCAACCAUCGCUGCCAUGCUCGUCCGACGAGCUGCCGAGCUAGUGACGCCGGAACCAGAAGUUUCCUUGCAGCAAUUACAAAUACCAGUCCAUCAGAUCUUCCCAGACCUCUUUGAAGACGACUGCAGCUCUGGAGCUGCGAAUAAACUUUACCGGCGCUUCACAGCUGCUGGAGUUAUGUUCUCUCGUCAAGAUCGGUCCAAAGAGGGCCAUGCGGCAGGCGAAUGGUGGCUACUAUCACGGCAAAUACCAAGUCGCGAUCUCUUGAUUCCAUUCACUGAGAUAAACCGGUUUCUGCCUCUGAAAGAGCAACCUUUUCAGCUCUUCGACGGCCGCUUCUGGAUCCGUGUUCGCAACCCAUCGAAACGCCGUCUCACCGUUCGCCUCUCCCGUCGAGAGGAACUUAGCAAGUUCAUUAAGUCUCUCGAUUACACAGCUGCGACUAGGCUCUCGGGCGUGCUUCAAAAAGUUGCCCCUGGAGGCAUACGUUACACUCUGCCAAUGCUGGUCGUGGAGAACGCAGACAACAGCACCGAACCUAUGGCCCUCCCAACUCUGGGGUUCAAGCUAGGAGGGUCUCAGGCAGACGGAGAGUGGGCGGACCUAGCAUGGGAUGUCAGGUAUCGCAAGGUGUACCUGCCUCGUCCUCCGAAAGUGGAUGGUAUCGAGGGAAAUGAGAGCGUCAUGACCUCCUUACUUGGCCCUGGCCACACAGAGCAGCAUCAUAUACAACACCUUUGA